AUGUGUGAAGUCAGCCCAGUAGUGUCUGUGUGGAGCUGUAGUUGCGCUUCCGUCAUAGUACUCAUCUUGGAGCUGUGCUCCGAGGCUGUAGCCAUCAUGAUAUUUAUACUGUUCUUAAUUUAUUGUACUCCCUUAGGUACUGGUUUCGAGAUAAAGUCUAUUUUUUGUUCAAUAUCUGAGAGCUGCGAAUGUGACUACAAACCAGACAUAAAAGGUUUAGAGUGGGACCUUUAUAAAAACCUUUAUGGUCAGCAUAUGGCUCAAGACAUUGUCUCAGAAGCAGUGAUGAAUUUUUUACAGAAUGAAAACCCAGACAGACCACUAGUGCUGUCUUUCCAUGGAGCAUCCGGGACUGGAAAAAGUUUGGUCAGCUCUAUGAUUGGACGAUAUAUCUAUGGAACGGCUAUGGGCAGUCCGUACAUCCAUCAGUUUGUUCCCACAUUACACUUUCCUUUAGCCAACCGGGUGCAACAAUACAGGUCAGAUCUAAAACUCUGGGUGGAGAGAAACCUCACCGCCUGCGCUCGCUCAAUCUUUAUCUUCGAUGAGAUGGAGAAAAUGCCUCCUGGUGUGAUUGAUGUUUUGGAACCGCAUUUAGGCCCCUUCCAUGUUCUGUUCCAGACAAACUACCGGAAGGCGAUUUAUAUAUUUAUCAGUACUGUAGGUCAGGAGGUAGUUAACAAACUUGCGUUGGACAGUCGACAGGCAGGAAGAGAUCGAGAGGACAUUCGCCCCGAUGAGCUGGAGGACAGUAUCGCUGACGCCGUGUACAACAACAAGAACAGUGGGUUCUACCACUCCAGAAUAAUUACGGAAAAGCUUAUCACUCGUUUUGUGCCUUUCCUUCCCUUGCUUCGGCGCCACGUGGAGCGCUGUGCCCAGCGGGAGCUCUGCCAGCGCGGGGAGUGUCAGCGUACAGAUGUGGCAUCGUCAGUAGGGGGCGCCAUGACUUACACACCAAAUGACAGACAAUAUUUCUCCAGCACUGGCUGCAAAUUGGUGCCGGGUAAAGUUAACCUGUUCCUUUGAGGAUCCUCUUUAGGAUCUUCACAGCACAAAACCUUUUGGGGGGUUGAACUACAGUGAAGCAACAUGAAUUUGGGAUUUUGGGACAUUCUUUCAGUAUGUUUCAGCCAUGUGGAUGAGUUCUGAUGAAGAAUGAACAGGAUCCGAGAAACAUCUCUGGUUUUUGCAGUUUUGAAUCAAGCGAGAAUAAGCCAGUUGCUAGUUAAUACAAAGGCGAAUUCAGAGCUGACCUCUUUUAUACAUUAGAGUUCUCUGGGACACUGAAACAAUCUACAAAACACUCAUUUUCAGUGUGGAGUUCAUUACAAACGAAGUGCUCUCUUAACUUCAGUGAUUAUUUAUUUUAUCAUGGGGUGACUAUGAAACUAAGUGCUGUAUUUCUGAUGCUGACCACAGGGUGGCAGCAGUGCCUACUUGAAGCUGGGGGUUUUUGUCCCACAAUACCUUUUGUUGUAGUUUUUUCCC